AUGGCCAACCAACCACGAACACAACAUGUGCCUCAGCAUGUCACCGCACUGCUCUCCCACCUCACCUCCCGCCCAGGAGUUCAAUCGACCCUGAUUCUCUCCCGCAAAGACGGCUCUAUUAUCCAAAGCACCGGCCAGCUUGCCCCCCAAGAGCCUAACCCUCGCUCAACACCUAUAACCGCACCUCCAACCGACAGCACUGUACCCCCUCAACCAUCAGACUCCACGCCCACCUCACCAACUACCCCUGCACCAAUCACGUACCAACCCUCGCAAGCAGAAGCACUAGCAGCGCACAUAUUCGCUUUUGUCUCAAGUGCCUCCGCACUGGGGAUUUCACUUUCCCGACCGCCCCAGCAAUCGAGUGAGAACCACACAACAGGAUUGGACGGAGGAUACGACACUUCCUAUGGGAUAAAUGGAACCAGCACCCCGCGCGAGGAAGACCAAGACGGCGACAGUACAGAACGUGAAGAAGACGAAGAAGUAAAGCUACUGCGUAUGCGAACCCGAAAACACGAAAUUGUCGUCGUGCCCGAUCGGAAGUAUCUGCUUUGCGUUGUGCAUGAUGCCUCACAUUCGAAUAAUGGACCUGGCGCAGGAGGUUCUCGAUCUCGAUAA